CCUGCAAGCCUGUUGCUGCUGGAUCAGGAGAAUGUUCUGCAGCGGUCCGCGUCUCUUCUCCUCUCUUCUGUUCCCUCUCCUCUGUUCCCUCUCUUCUUUUAACGUCGAAGAAGGGUGUUUAGAGCCGCACUUCAACAAAGGUUUCUGAACAAUUGAGAAAUAAUGCAAAGUAAAUAUGUCGUUAUCCUCUGAGAUGGAGAAGAAUUCAACAGAAGAUGACUGCGUGGAUUCAGGAGCAGAGACUGGAGGGUCUGAUUACAGUCCCAUGUCUUCAGCGGGCAGUGAGUUAUCCAUGGUGGAGCUGCAGGAUCCCUUCCUGGUCAGUGUUCACCUCAUUACGGACCCGGGCAAGGCCAAGUCCCUGCAGCAUGCUGCCGACACUGUCCUGGCCUGGGUCCACCCUGAACUGCAGCUCUUCCGCGUCUCCGAGAGAGCCGCCUGGCAACAGAAGCCCAAGCGCCAAUCAUGUCAGGCUGCGGCAUCUUUUUCAGCCAAUCACGGCCCUCCGCAGUGCCAGCCGGCGCUGGCCGUCAUCCUCUUCCUGCAGGAGCAGUACGGGGGCGAGGAGCAGAUCGUGACCUUACACCGUGCUCUCCAGCGACCCCCCUGGCACUUCCACCACACCGAGAGGGUCAACAACGGCCGUAGGAUGCUCCCGCUGACUCCCUGCAGCCAAGACUUCUUCACCCUGGCCCCGGGGACUCCUCUGUGGGCGGUUCGCCAGGUUCACUACGGUAAAGAGAUUGUACGCUUCACAGUCUACUGCCGUUACGAGAGCUUCCGGGACAUGGUGCGCAUGUACCGGAUGAUCCUCCAGAGGAAGCUGGCCCAGAAGAAAGAAGACUUUUGUUUUUUUGUGGUGUACUCCAACCCGGAUACCGAGAUCCAACUGUCAUUCAAGCGGUUGCCGAGGGGCCAGAGCCCCGCUCCUACGGAGUCGGCGGUGAUAGAGAUGAGGGUGAGGGACGUUGGGGCGUUGGUGCCCCUCCUGCCGUACCCUUGUACCCCCAUCAGUGAGGUACGCUGGCAGACUGAAGACUACGACGGGAAUAAGAUACUGCUGCAGGUCCUGUGUGCACGCUACAAGCGUAGACAUACUAUCGACCAGCCAGGAGACUCCUCCCCUGCCCCCUCGCCCCUGCCCACUGACCCAGCAAUGACUCUGCCCUCAGCGGGGACAUAUGGCCGGGGGCCUGCCUCCUACAGGAACCGGCGCUGCCACCGUAACGCGUCCCGGACCCGGACCCUGCCACAGAACCAGAACCAGACCCAAAGCAGGUCCAGCCAGGCCUCACAAACCUCCCUUUCCCUGGCCUGUGAAGAGGAGGAAAUGGAGAUGGGGGCUCGCUCUAAAUCCUGGAGGACUGGUCGAACCCGCUCUCUGUUCUCCCUGCCCAGCCUGGCAGGGUUCACUGGCUCUCGCUCCCGCUCUGCCGGCUCCUCCCCCGGAACCUCACCCAGCCCUGCCCACCACAGAAGCCACUCCCACUCCCUCGGCUCCUCCCUGGUCCCGCCCUUCCGCCUCAACGUGGAUGCUCUGAUUGGUGCGGAGGAGACGGAUGUGGACACAGGGAUAAAGGUGGAUGCGGGCAGCAUUGUUGACCUGUCGGUAGUGUCUGCAUACUCUAGGAGCCGCAGACCCACGCCACCACGCCCUCUCUCUGCACCUCCGCGGGACCCAAUCCCCUCCCCAUCCCGCGCCAACGUCAAGCCCAAGGCGUCAACGCUAGGCCGCCCUCCUGUUCCCAUGAGAACCAGCAGCCUGGCCUCCUCCAAUAGCAUAACUUCCACCCUGCAGCGGCCACGCCCCAACAGCGCUUUCUUGCCCCUGAGUGGCCAGCCGUCCCUGAGGGAUCCCAUCACGCGCAGCCAAUUGGACAGCUCUAACAGCAUUAUUGGGGUGGUGUCUCAGAACAGGUCUGGCAAGGAGGUCGGGGUGGAGGACGACGACCAGGAGUUCUAUAUCUGACCAGUUAGUGGCGCUAGAGAGACACGCCGGCCAGCAGGAAGGGACAGGGACACUGAGUGACAACACAGCUCUGUUCUGCUCUGCCACCUGGGGGCUGGUUUAAGUCAGUGCAGAGGACAGUACAGUGACGGUAGACAGACGCUUCACUCAACUUCUUCAUGAAAUCUUUCUCACUUUGUGUUUCUAUAUACUUUCUAACUAGAUGUUUGUGCUAUUUGUUAUUUAAUCAAGUUGUGGUAUAAAUGCAUAACGCUUACUGAGAUGGCUUAAAAACACAUUGCAGACUACUCAAAUAUCUCAUAGUAGAAUAUUUAAAACAGAGAUGUUAUGAUACCAGACCUGUUGGACAUAAAUUAGAUUUAAAACAGAGAUGUUAUGAAAGCAGACCUAUUGGACAUAGUUCUAACCGUAUGUAUCCACUUCCCACUACUCAUGUUAUCACUCAGGCAGCUAUAAGAUAGUGGAGUUGCUGGCUCUAUCUCAAUUCAUCUAUCCUUGAUUCCUCUCUCCUCACCUCCUUCUCAACGGUAUUGGAGGAGAAGGUCCAAGGUCACUCCCCUUUGACCAUCUUCUCCAAUCCGUUUUGCGAAAAGGAAGUUGAGGAGAGAGGAUGCAAGGAAUCGAGGAAAGACCAAAGGAGAAAAGAACCCCUGAUUCUGACACUUUUGGUGCAGUGGGUCCCUCUGCUGGUGAUUUUGUAAUUGACGGCUAAACAGAAUCUAGUUUAAAGUUGUAGUCGGUAAUAUGGAAUGCUUUUGAUUUUAACUGAUUAUUUCUAUGUUCACCAAACUUUUUUAAUAUUGAUUAAAACAUCAGAUUAUGUAUGAAUUAAUAAAAAUAAAAAAAUGUUUUAAAUGAA